CACCCAGAAAAGCCCAGGCUGGCAAAGACCAUUUCAAUGGAGGCAACUGCAUUGAUGCAAAAAGUUAAGCCUUCUCUUCCUGCCUGCCAUGGGUCUUCCGGAUUCAGAGUCUCCUGUGGUUUCGAUGAAAGAGUUAUGCUUUUUCUGCCCUUCCUGCAAUGCCUAUCUUAGCCGGGCUUUCUGCUUUGCCCUUCCUCCACAGUAUCCGCCCUGUAUCCCAUCAACUAGAUUAUGCCGUUUGUCUGUUGGCUGUUUGCUGGCCAGCUGCCAGCUGCCGCUGCCUGAGCCAUGUGCCGAACAAGGGGGGGGGGGCUACGCAGAUACACAUCAGCACAUGAACACACACACUACAAUCUUCAUUAUGCACUGCUCAGACACUGCACCCUUUCACAUGGCAGUAGAUAAGGUCAUCCCAGACUGGAAGGAGCAAGAGUGGUCAGCUGAGAAGCCGGAGAACUAUGCCGGCAUCUUCCACUUCCAGUUCUGGCGGUUUGGCGACUGGGUGGACGUGGUGAUUGACGACCGCCUGCCCACGCUGCACAACCAGCUCAUCUACUGCCACUCCAACUCCAAGAACGAGCUGUGGUGCGCGCUGGUGGAAAAGGCCUACGCUAAACUCUCGGGAUGCUACGAGGCCCUAGACGGAGGCAACACGGCUGACGCUUUGGUGGACUUCACUGGCGGCGUCUCCGAACCCAUCGACCUGCUGGAAGGCGGCUAUGCGAACGACGAAGCCAAACGCAACGUCCUCUUUGAGCGGGUGUUGAAGGUCUACAACCGGGGCGGUCUCAUCAGCUGUUCCAUAAAAGCCACCUCCGCUGCUGACAUGGAAGCCCGGCUGGACUGCGGCCUGGUCAAAGGGCACGCCUACGCCGUGACGGACGUGAGGAGAGUCCGCCUGGGCCACGGCCUGCUGUCCUACUUCAAGUCCGAAAAGCUCGAUAUGAUCAGGCUGAGGAACCCCUGGGGGGAGAAAGAAUGGAACGGACCCUGGAGUGACACCUCGGAGGAAUGGCAGAAAGUCAGCAAUAGCGAGAGAGAGAAACUGGGAAUGACUGUCCAAGACGAUGGGGAAUUUUGGAUGACGUUUGAAGACUUCUGCAGGUACUUCACCGACAUCAUCAAGUGCCGCCUCAUCAACACGUCGUACCUGAGCAUCCAUAAGACCUGGGAGGAGGUGGUCUUGCGGGGGGCCUGGACCAAGCACGAAGACCCCUUGAAGAACCGCUGCGGGGGCUGCGUCAACAACAGGGACACCUUCCUGCAGAACCCACAGUACGUUUUUGACGUGAAGAAAACAGAAGACGAAGUGCUCAUUUGCAUCCAACAGAAGCCCAAACAGACCAAUCGGAAGGAGGGAAAGGGAGAGAAUUUGGCGAUCGGAUUCGACAUCUAUAAGGUGGAGCUGAAUCGGACUUACCGGAUGCACACCCUGCAGCCCAAGGUCGCCAGCUCCAUCUACAUCAAUUCCCGCAUCGUCUUCCUGAGGACGGACCUGAAGGAAGGGCGCUACGUCAUCAUCCCCACCACCUUCGAGGCCGGCCACGUGGGAGAGUUCCUCCUCAGGGUGUUCACAGAUGUGCCUUCCGAUUGCCAGGAGCUGACCCUGGAUGAGCCCCCGCACACCUGUUGGAGCGGAAUGUGUGGCUACCCACAGAUGGUGUCGCAAGUCCACGUCGUCUCGGCUUCCGGGCUGAAGAACCAGGAUUCGCAAGAAGGCGCGGACCCCUACGUGAUCAUUAAAUGUGAAGGCGAGAAGAUCCGUUCACCAGUGGUGAAAAGCACUGUGACGCCAGAGUUUGAUGUGAAAGGCCUGUUCUACCGGAAGAAGCCAGGGCAGCCCAUUGUCAUUCAGGUCUGGGACCAUAACCUUAUCAGCGACACCUUUCUGGGCCAGGUGAGCCUUGCAGGUGACCCCAACAACCUCCUGUCGAUGCACAUCCUCCACCUGGAGGACAAAGGCAGCAAACGCGUCAACGAGCUUCCGGGGACCCUCAAGGUGCAGUUGCUCACCAGCAACGUCCUGACUAACAUCUAAAAGAAGAACGGUUCCCUUCGUGCCAUCUGUACAUCCGAUCUCGCAAUAUGCAGCAUAUACGUUUAUCUAUAUCCGUACCUGCAUCAUGUACUGUGCAUGCCUUCACUUUUAAAAGGGGACCAGCGUGUUCGGUUUUGUUUUGUUUCGUUUUGAUUUUUAUACAACGGUGCCUUUUCAAGAAGUGGGGGGGAAAGUGUUUUCAAAUACAAAUCCCGGGCAUAAUUUUACUGCCAGCUCUGGGCAGUAUAAAGGAGUCCCACUCGGGGCUGUAUGUUUACACAGAGAAAUCUGUCUCUCAUGCGCACAUGCGUGGCUGGGGGUGGGCUUUGUACCCAGCCUGGGG